CUUCACUUGAACAACCAAACUCCACUACUCACACCAUGAGCUACCUUGGCAGCUACUAUGGAGGCCUGGGCUCAGGCUCUGGCUCUGGCAGCUUCGGAGGCCUGGGCUCUGGCUACAGCGGUGGCUUUGGCCACGUCAGCAGACUGUGCUGUGACAGUAGCUUUGGAGGCUUUGGCCAUGGCUCUGUUCAUGGAGGAUAUGGCUAUGGCUCUGGUCAUGGAGGCUACUGCUCUGGCUCUGGUCAUCGAGGCUACGGCUAUGGCCUGGGCUCUGGCUACGGCUGUGGCUGUGGCAGCUUCGGCAGACUGGGCUGGGGCAGUGGCUUUGGAGGCUACGGCUAUGGCUCUGGUCAUGGAGGCUAUGGUUAUGGUUCUGGUCAUGGAGGCUACGGCUAUGGUUCUGGUCAUGGAGGCUUUAGCUAUGGCUCUGGUCAUAGAGGCUACGGCUAUGGCUCUGGUCAUGGAGGCUACGGCUAUGGUUCUGGUCAUGGAGGCUACGGCUAUGGUUCUGGUCAUGGAGGCUUUAGCUAUGGCUCUGGUCAUAGAGGCUACGGCUAUGGCUCUGGUCAUGGAGGCUACGGCUAUGGCUCUGGUCAUGGAGGCUACGGCUAUGGCUCUGGUCAUGGAGGCUUCAACUAUGGCUCUGGUCAUGGAGGCUACGGCUAUGGUUCAGGCUUCAGAAGAUAGGGAAAUGGCAUCAAUCAUACCUCCUGUUUCAGAAGAUACUGGUCUUCUGGAUUCUACUAAACUAUACAGCAUAAACUGACAUGUGAAAUUAUAAGGAACCUUCUAAAUAGGAGCAUAAAACCUUAGCAAUGGAGAUCAUUGUGGAAUUAUUGAUAAAAAUAGAUUCUCAACAUUUUGAAUAUAUAUACACUUAUUAAGUUUAGAUCUCUAUCCUAAAUGUCAUCAUAUGCAUUUUCAUUGUUACAGCUGAUUGGAUUAUCUGUUCACCUGGCAAUAAACCACUACAUUUGGAAACAAAA